UGGCGCUAGAGGGUGGCGGCACCCCUGAAGGUGUGUGUGCGUGUAGUGAGCGUAUGCCCUAAGUGCGUUCAUUAAAUGCUGUCGGUGUAUUUGCUUAUUAAGCACCCCCCGCUAGCUACUUCUUUAAACUAUUACCAUAUCGUGGGUCACCAUCUGGUAAUACGAGUUACACCCCCUCAAAGUAUUUGACCAACCGCGAAGUUAAAGCUCAAGGUUACAGCAUCACCGUUCUUAACUGCGUUCAACGCCACCAGCUGGCGCCUUCUAACGGGUGAAGUUCAGAAAAUGUGACUGACGCGCACAAAAGGCGGGAAUCGUUAAGGUGGGGUCCGCGAGUGUCCGCCCCUAGGCCAACAAACUCGGUGAAAAUUUCAAGAAGAGUUCGGCUGUUCCGCAGUUCUCUACGAUCGUCGAGUCUCGUUGUUUCGCGCUCGGCUUUGAACGAAUUUUACGUGUGGUUUUAGUGAAUUCGUGUGGAUAAUAAGGAAGGCAGUCUGCCUCCGAGAGCAAUUUGCUGCUAUACGAAUGCUUCUUCCAUCGGUUGUUGUCUCAUGAGCGGCGGCCCUCGGCCACCCGUGCCGGGUCUGAUCCCCCUGGCGGCCCUGUCCCGGCGUCCCGGACGUCCCCGCCGACGACCCGAGUCUUCGGCGUCAAUCGAUGCGGACGGCGCGGGGUCACGUUGUCUGGAGUCGCGCGCCGCCACCCCCGGUAGUCGUCGCCGCCACCACCACCGCCGCCGGGCCUCUACAACAGCCCCUGUUAUUAGUAAACAGAGUCGUAGCUCAUCGCCAGCUCUAGAUCGUCCGCCGCGAGUAAAUCCGAUUUUCGUGUGGGUCCGGCAGGAAGACACCCGAAUCGUGGAAGUGAAAUGCGAAGAUUACGACAAAAGAAAUCGUAUUUUAUUAACAAAAACGGCUCACGGUUGGCGCGCCAUACCGCGAACCGAAAUGCUUUCAGGUCCUCGGGCGUCGGCUGAAGAGCCUCCGACCUCCCCAACCCACCAACAUCGACACCAUCAUCAUCACCAUCACAAACGGCGUUCGCGGAAAUCGAAAAAUCAACACUCGACUUCGGUUCAAUGUCCCGAACAGCCGGAACCGGAAUCGUCACUUGGUUUGGAACCAUCCUGGGUGACCACGGAAAAUAUCAACAUUGAAUCUCUGUUACCGUCCCAUACCAUACCAAUUAAACGGAUACCAUCAACGGAAAAUUUAACGAAUAGUGUAAACAGUGCUUCAGAGCAGGACUUUGCGCGCACAAUCCCGGAGUGCAGCACGCCCGAUAAAGUGUGUGACGUCAGCCCGCUUGAAAACUUGCUAGCAGUGGCGGAGCUGGAACUCAAACAGCACAUGCAAUCGGGAAGCUGGAGCAAUAAUCCGGAACCGGAAACGACCUCAAAAGAAUCAUCUAUAUCACUAGAAGAAAUUUUACAAACAAAAAGUCAUCAGGAGGAAGACAAUUCAUCCCAUCAGGAAAAAAGUGAUGACGACGAAAUGUCAAUGAAUGAUAUACUAUCGAGAUUGGAACAAUCAUUACAUAGCCCACAUGGGUUUGGCUCCAAUGCUUUUGAUGAUGAAAUGCUGGAGGGUAAUUGCAAAUUCGAUAAAGAAAUAAUUUCCAAUGAUAAACCUGAUAUUUCAACCACUGAUGAUCAAGAUCAGUAUAAUUUAGAAUGUAUAAAAGAAGAAUUUAAGGAAGAAAAUGAUACUAUAGAUGAAUUUUCUAAUAAUGAAAAUGAUAGUCAAAUGUUAGUAGCAGAAAAUAGUUUAGGAGAAUGCACAACAGAAAAUAGUGAAUUUACUGUAGAUGCUCAAAACGCACCUGUUGAACAUAACGAUUUAAAUCAACUAGAAUAUAAAGAAGAAAAUGAAGAAAUGAACGACGAAGAUGAUAAAUCUGAUGAUCCACACAUUGAACAAAGUCAAAUAGAUGAAAUAUUAGAGGAAAUUGAACCGGAAAUUGAUCAAAUAAUGAAACCCGCUGAAGAAAAAAUUGAAGAAUCACAAACAGAUAUUGUAGAAGCUGAAUCGUCUACAACUUUAAUUCAUAAAGAAGAACCACCGCUAAUAAUUGAAAAUGAUUCUAUUUGUCUGGACUUAUCGAUUAAAAAGUCACCAGAAAAAGUCGUCGAAGAAGAAACUGACGAAGGCCCAACAGAUUUAUGUAUACGAAAACCUGAAUUACCUCCACCAAGAUCCCCUUCACAAAAUUCUGAAGCUAUUCAAUCUCCAGAACCUAGUGGUAUACCAGCAGUACCAGCUUCACCUGAUAUAGUUUCAACUAGCACGUCAAUUUCAAAGCCACGCUCAGUUUUCUUGGAGUCACUUUUAGCGAAUUCCAUGAACAAACUGGCCCAAGAAAUUAAAAAUAAGGAGCCAUUGGAUUUGGGACAUCAAAAUCGUAAAUCUGCGAGUCCUACUGUUACUUGUUCUGAAGAAAUAAUAACUCCUAGGUCAGAAAAUGAGCCUCCUAUAAAAAAAUUGAAACCAAAUGACAUAACUUUGAAAAAUUUAUUGGACAAAGAGAUUGAUAGCUCUAAACAAACAAUACUGCCAGAUACUCCAAAAUUAUUAGGACUACUCAAAACUUCAAGCAAUACUCAUGAUCCCAUGGAAGAAUAUAAACAACUAUUACAGGAAGUAGACGUGCCAAAUCCAUUAAUGGUACCCAAAGAAGUUUUUCCCGAACUACUUAAACACCCAAAAAGAGAAAUUUUAAAAAUUCUAAGUGGGCAUUCUAAUAAGAAUGCAGCUUUGGAUGAUAUACUAGUGGUUUAUAAGGAUAAACUAUUGGCAGCUAUAGAAAGCAAUCAGAAAAAGUCAUGCAAAGAAACCCACAAAACAACCAAUAAGUAUAAAAAUUCGGAGCAAAAUAAUAAUUUAAGUGAAAAAGUCAAUAAUAACAAAAGAAAAAUGUCCACAGAAUCGCCACCACAAGAGUCCAGAUCCUCACUAGCCAAUGAUAUCGAUGCAGCCAACGAAGCCACGUUGAACCCCCUCUUUUGGGCUGGUUGCCCUAAUCCAUUUGAAGCGAUGAACAUGAACAACUAUCAAAACCAUAACGAGUUUAUUCAAGCUUUAUAUACAUUGCCAUACCUUCAUCCUGAACUUCAAAUGAUGUUAGGACAAAAAAUGGCACCACCUAUUGGAUUUCCUUCACCAAUACCUCCCGUGAACCCUUUUGAGUUGUCUAUGUGGCAAGAGGCUAUGAUGCAAGCGAGUAUGUUAAAAAAGAAUCCUUAUGAGAGCAAUGUUAGAACAAAUAGUAAUAAUAAUUUGCAAAAGAAAGGACAUCAUAAUCAACAUAAUAAUAAUAGCAACCAUAAUAAAAGUCCUAAGAUGACAAAUAAUAACAAUAAUAAUAAAAACAUAUCCAUGAUGCCUCCUGCGGCCUUCAAUCAUCCUAAUCAUAAUUGGCAGAAUCCGUAUUUAGGCCUGAGUAGCUUUCCUCAAACAAGCAAUAAUCUUGCUUUGGAUACCUCAAAUAAUCAAUUUAAUCCAUUCAGCCAUAAAAAUAGCCUUAGUCCAAAUACAAACAAGCAACUGAGCCCACCUAUUUUGCACCAAAAAAAAAGCAAAGAAGCCAAUAACAUGUUCGCCCAUUACGAGCAAGAAAAAAUGCUGCACCAGCACAUGAUGGAGCAGCAAAAAAUGCAGCAAAUGCAUCAGCAACAGAAGUUGAUCAGGCAGCAUCAACAUCAACAGCUACUUCAGCAGCAGCAACAAAUUAUAAGGCAAAAUAAUGAAAAACAGUUGAUGAUUAAUAAGAACAAAUCCGCCAAGCAAAACACGCUUGUUCCAAUUGAUCUUUCCGGAUUACAUUCGAACAAGUCUAAAUUCGGAAAAUCGAAUAGUAUGGUGACUUCGUCGAGAAGUCACGUUGAAGAUGUGCCAGAAGUUGGGAGCACCACUGAGGAUUUGCAGGAUGGGCAUGCGCAACUUUGGCAUCCUUUAUUCGGAAGCCACCAAAACAAAACUUACAACCCCUGGAAUCUACCCUCCCUAGCAGCAAUGGGCGAAUAACAUAGGCUUCAACCUCCGAAAGGCAACUUUUGGAGGCACAAUCAACAGCAGUUCUCCAGGAGCAAUAGCCUGGAACAGCAGCCGUCUUUCACAGGGUUCGAUUUGGAAGCUUAUUUUUUAAAAUAAUAAAAAUUUAUUUUCUAGUCAACGAAAUUAUUCAGAUCUGCACUAGUUUCUCAGCUCCAUGUUACAUCAAGUCAACUAAUGGGUGGGAUCAAUCGACCGCAACAAGCAGUUUCCUUCAUAUUAAGUGCAAGUCUCGAACCUCUGAGAUAGCCAACAGUAUACUAAAAACAAAAUCAUAUAGAGCUCUAACCUUAUUUUUACAAAAAAAAAACCUUUUUUUAUUACUUCAAUAAUCAUUUAAUGAAGAUACUUGAAAAUUAUCAUUAUUUUUUAAUUAUUAUUAAAGAUGAAACGGAUAGUUAUUUGGCCGGAUACCGGAUAUCCGGCGAGUUGCGAGGCCGGAUAUCCGGCCCAACUUCUCAUCGCACAGGCGCAGCGAACGUGAUCAGAUCGAUUCGGGCAGUUUGUGGUGUCAGCGGUUAAUUAUUAAUUAUAAGCCAUUUUGUUAUUUUUUUGUAGACAAUUAAUUAAUGGGUUUGGAAUCCAAAAUAAAAAGAAACUACUUUUUUGAACUUCAGAAAAGUAGUUUCUAUUUAUUUUGGAUUCCAAACCCAUCAAUUCUGUACAUCCUUUCAAAAAACUCAGCAUUCUGUUAAUUUGAUUUUAGGGAAUUAUGUCGAAGUUUAUGAAUAUCCGGUAUCCGGCCGGAUAUUGAGUUACUAUCCGACCGGAUAUUAAAUUUAAGCCGGAUACCGGAUAGUUUCCGGAUGUCCGUUUCAUCUCUAAUUAUAUUAUAUUAUAAAUUCUUGUAAAUUACAUACUAACGUUCCACGCUUAUUAAAAAUGUUCCUGAAUAAAAAAAAAAGUUGUAUAAAUUUGUGUAUCUUGAUAAUAAAACUUGUUGUACAUAUAGAGGCAACUAGAUAUUAGGUUUAUCUAUGGGUGUUAAUUUGUGAAUCUCUGUAUAUAGAUUUAGUCAUAAUUUGUUGCGCUUAAUUGUAAUAUAUUUUUUUUUUUGUGCAAUAAUAUUAUUUUUGGAAUAAUUUCGUUAAGUUUGCACAAUCUUUGAUUUGGUGAAAACAUUCUUGUACAUUUAUAAACAAAUUCUACAGUUAUUAUAGAUAGCUUAAUUAUAGUUCUUUAGAGUGAACCUACUUUUCUAUAAUACACUUGUUAAUAAUGUUUGAUUAAAGUAUAUGAAAUACAUUUUGUUAACAAAAAAAAUAUUCUGCAGUGUAACAAUGUCCCUGUGUUCUAUUUCUAUGUACCUAAUAAUAAUUGUUCCAUAAAUGUUCUUUUACCAAACUGAAAAAUGUGAAUUAAUUUGGUAUUUUUGCCUAAAAUACAUUCUAUUUAUUUUUGUCGUAGGUAGGGUACGAUAUGUAAACCGUGAACUAUUAUAGGUAGUCAAACAUUCUCAUUGAUAGCAAAAAUGUGAAAAUUUAAGUGGGUACAUAAUUAUAUGUAAUUUCUCUAAUAGAUUAAACUAUUGUAUAAGGUGGACCUACCUAAAAAUCUACAUUUAGCCUGUAAGUGGGCUAUUAUUCAUUAUUAUCUAUGAGUAAAAUUCUGUCAAACACUGUGGAUGUAUUACAAACAUAUCGCAAUUUUUUAAAAAUUAUUUGUAUGUCCAAAUUUCGAGCAUAGACAAUAAUUACCGCAAAUUAAUUUUAUUUGGUAGCUAAAUCUAAUUAUUGAUGUUAAAUAUCUCUUUGUAUGUAUAUAGAAUUUUGCCGUUAUGUGGUAAUUUUUUUUAUGUUUUAUUGUUUUGUUAUGAUUCAGUAAGAAAAACCAAAGAAAAUAUUAUAGUUUUAGAUAUAGCUUGA